UUUCCCCUUCCAUCAUCCAUCUAUCCAUUCAUUCAUGCAUCGAAGGUGUCUGACUGCACCUGUCGUUUCUUUGUCACCAACUCAACUAAAGUUCACUGGCCUCUCACUUCUGCCCAUACUCAUUCUGCCUGUAAUCCUAUUGGCCCCCAAGCUUGUCCAACGUUUCAUCGAUUGACGCCCGUGAGCUCGGUUGGUCCCCCCACCCCCCCAAAGAUCUGGACGGCAAGAACCCGCCUUCAUGGUCCUGCGAAAACGAGCUCCGCCACGUCUCCAAAGUCUCGGCCAAGCCUACGAUUCUGCAGACCCUCGCCAUCUGUCGUCCAAAUCCUCACCAACCUCCAAGUCAUUGUCGUCGUCGUCCCCAAAGCGUCUUACCCGCCCUCGAAGGGCUCAAAGCACCCCCCAACCUCAGCGGGCCGCUUCCCCCGACUCCAUCUUCUAUCCCGACCUCAACACUUCACCGGCAUUUGACCUGAUGCCUCUAGAACAGGCGCAGAAGUCUCCAACCAGGGCCUCUCCCGGUGAUGCCACGAAUGCAUGGGCGGACGAGCUCGUGGAGAGGUUCAACCUUGGCUCGCAUGAGUCCUCCGGUCUAGCGCAACCUGCGCCAACCGUGCCCGCUGUGAAUGGUGCGCAGGCAACAGGAAAUAGUAGGGUCGCCCGUGUACCGACAGUCUUGACUCCCGGAGCUCAUGGAAGGCCCCAUACAAACGAGUGGCAGCAACCACAACAUCAAAAUGCUGGGAAUGGCUCUGAAUGGGAUCCGCACUCGGGCCAGCAUUCUUCUAUGCCGCUGCAGUCCAAUAACCCAUUCCUCAAGCCAAGAAUGCCUUCCGGGGCGAACCCGUGGGAAGAUCCCCAGUCCCGUGCUUCAUAUGGUGAAACAUCAUCGAUCUCCCAGGACGGGGCAAGUGUCCGCUUAGGUCAAGACGAAGGCUAUAUCCCGAUGACCGCACGCUUGUCGCUCUUGGAACAGCCUGACGAGGCGUCCCCGUGGGCUGACGAACAUACUAACACUGCCACGCAACCCACGCCACAUUCGCAAGUCGAGCCUGCUCAGCAUUUGCAUGAGCCAGGCAGACUUUCGCCAGAUAGGAGCAUAAGUACCCCGGCAUCUUUAGAUACCAAUGCUACGGGCUCAUCUCAUGUUCUUAUCGACUUGAACGAUGCUCCUCCUUCGCAGAUUGGAGAAUCCAGUCGAUUAGGUCCCACGGAAUAUGGAAUCAUGAACUCAUCUCCCAAUAUGUCUCAGCCACAAAAGCGUCUUUCAGGACCACCUUUACCGGAACGACCGAAAACGACAUCCGAGCCAACCGCAGAGGCCCAUGCUCAGUCACCACUAACGGCUCCAUUAACUGAAACUGAAAUGCAGCGCCAGCAGGAGCAAAGAUCCGAGACCUAUUCUAUUCGGCAUGUUCAUUGGACGAACAGGACAGGCAUUUCCUGCGACUCACCAGUUCUCAUACAGAAUAAAAAUGGUCCAUGUCCUCUCUUAGCACUAGUGAACGCCCUUGUUCUACGUGCAGCAGGGCAAGAAGUCCAGCCACCCAUUGUACGGGCCUUACAGACUAGGGAGCAGAUCUCUCUAGGGUUGUUGAUAGAAGCAUUGUUUGACGAGCUUACGACAUGCUUGGGCCCGAACGAUGAGCUUCCGGACAUCGAGGCUCUCAGUCGCUUUUUGACUAUGCUACAUACCGGCAUGAAUGUCAAUCCACGACUCACAUUGGAGUCCGAAGAUAGCCUUGGCACUUUUCUUCAGACCGAUGUUAUCCGGUUGUAUAGUACAUUCGGCGUACCAUUGGUUCAUGGCUGGGUAGCCGCUCCAUCUACGGAAGACCAUGCAGCAUUGGACCGGGUAGCGCAGUUUUACGAGGAUAUCCAGCUUCUUCCCUUUCGUAUGCAGGAGCUCGAAGAUCGGGUCAUCCAAGGGGGCUCGCUUACGCCUCAGGAGGAACAAACUAUGCAAGAUAUACACACCAUCCAUGGCUUUACCGAUGUGAAAAAUGCAACUCAGUUGAGUCCCUUUGGCCUCGAUCAAUUGCUGGCAAAGUUGCAGCCGGGGUCACUGUCCAUUCUUUUCCGCAAUGACCAUUUCACAACGCUCUACAAACACCCACAGCUCAAUCGGUUAUUCACACUAGUCACCGACGCUGGCUAUGCCUCUCAUGCGGAAGUUGUGUGGGAGAGCCUUGUUGACGUAAAUGGAUCAAACACCAGUUACUACGCCGGAGACUUCCGCCCUGUCAGCCAUGAUGCUCCUAGGGCGUCUGAUCCCUCCGGUCCACGAACCUCAAGCAAUCCAAGAGACUCUCUACCAGCGCCUGCGGAACGGCAAAGUGCCAAUCUCACUCCUCAGGAGCAGGCGGACGCUGACUACGCUUACGCUCUGUCCCUGCAGUACCAGGAAGAGGAACAGCGAGAAAGCACUGCCAGCAAUGACAGAAAUCCGACCCAUCGCGCCUCCAUGUCCAAUGCCUCCACUGGUGUAUCACGCGAAUCAGCCUAUGCUCACAAUCGUUCAUCCAGUGGUGUUAACGUCAGCAGCACUGGCAGCGGAGGCACGUACGCGGCAGCUGCGCGAAACCAGCCGUCGCGACAAAGUCAGGGCUCAGGACGACGCUCGCAGACACGCUUUACAACUCAUCGUCCUGUGCACGACGAUGAGGUCCCGCCACCUUCUUACGAGCAGGCCGCCAGUAGUCCGAUCUAUCCGUCGCCUCAACGCAGCGCCGUUAACUCUACGGAAACGCCUUACCCACGAACCACGGCCGGAAGACGAUCCUAUGGGAACUCCAUCUCAGCAGGGUCUGCAGAGCGCCCCAAAGACCGGAAUAAGGAUUGCGUGGUCAUGUGAGAUCCUUCUUCGCAUUGACAAAUGCUAUCCAGACGACUUUGAAAUCUGCUCUCGCGAGUGGAAUUUGACCUCGGAUUCGAUGAUAAGAUCCUCUGCAAUGACUGAUGUUGUUAUGUAAUAUAUGAAUACCGCUUUGCUGUGAUUCUGCUAGAUGACUAGCACACUGCAGGCUUUGUGUUAU